AUGGUCGGCACCGCACCUUCGGCCACUGACUACACAUCGGCGUCGGUUGUGUCGACACAGGACUGGAUUUACGGUGUGUUUGAGGUGAGGGCCGCUCUGCCCGCCGGCAAACUUUUACGGCCAGUGAUAUCGCUAAUUGAGCGCAACGGCACCGGCGGUCAGAUAGACAUUGUUAGCAACGAUCAAACACCAGGUGUGGUAAUCAGCGCUUUGGUCACCGAUUGGUCGGCAGAUGUAGAGGAAUGGUAUUACGAGACCAACGAAACGCUACACGACUUUCAUAGCUAUACUAUAGAGUGGAGCGAAUCGGGUGUCCAUUGGUUUCUCGAUGACAGCCAUUACCUGUCAUACAAUACGAGUGGACAGCCAUUUGACCGGCCCUUCCGUCUGAGCCUCACUCUGGCUGUCGGCGCCGAUGAGACGGUAUUUCCCAAUCAGUCCCUGUCUUACGAAGACUAUCGGCGCUGGAAUUGCUCGGCACUGAUCAUAGACUACGUCCGGGUAUACCAGUGGGUGACUGACGGACAAACCGGUGGUAAAUCAUUGCAUAUUAACCAUACGGCGCGUAACUCACUCGUCAGUGCCCGCAGUGUUUGUCAGGCAAUAAUGUCUUCGGUAAGGGUUGAGGAAAAUGUGACCAAAACUCUAACCCAUUAUACAAUGAAUUGUGGCAAACAUUUGCAACUCGUAUGGAGUGAUGAAUUCAACGGCAAUUCAGUGGACAAUAAUAAGUGGGAAAUCGCCGACAAAUGGCGGGACGGGAGGUGUGAGGACAAACCUCAAUACCAACUACACUGCGACUCAAACUCGUUGAAAAAUCUACAGCUCCGGGAGAGCUGUCUGGCCAUUACGGCCGUACGCGAGACACCGGACACCGACAAUGAUCGGUACCGCACCGACCCCUCGGCCACUGACUACACAUCGGCAUCGGUUGUGUCGACACAUGACUGGACUUACGAUGUGUUUGAUUUGAGGGCCGCUCUGCCCGCCGGCAAACUCUUACGACCAGUGAUAUCGCUAACUGAGCGCAACGGCACCGGCGGUCAGAUAGACAUUGUUAGCAACGAUCAGAUCAAAAGGUGUGGUAAUCAACGCUUUGGUCACCGAUUGAUCGGCAGAUGUGGAGGAAUGGUAUUAUCAGACAAACAAAACACUGCAAGACUUUCACAGCUAUACUAUAGAGUGGAGCGAAUCGGGUGUCCAUUGGUUUCUCGAUGA